UGAAUCAUCAACAGACUGAGGUAUUGAUUGUGGCCAAACAGUUCAAUGUUUAGUGAUUUAUUUUUAAAUAUUUGGCUACCUAGGGCAUAAAAGAAAACCCAAACGAUUUGGAGACAGUCAAAGUGAUCAGUUUUCAGAUUAGAAAGUUAAAUACACUUAUAGAAAGCUAUAUAAUAUGGCGCUUGCUGGUACAUACGAGUUGGUUAAAAGUGAAGGAGUAGAUGAGUUUUAUAAAGCCUUGACUAAUAAAACCCCGGAAAAAAAGGUUCAACAGUCAAAGAAACUAGAAAUUGCUAUCAACGGGGACCAGGUUACUCUGGAUUGCGGCGCUGCCAAAACCAAAGCCACUUAUACUUUGGGGAACAACGCUGAAGGUUGUGGCAGUGGAAGUGCUAAAAACGCUAUUGCCAAGCUUUCUGGAAAUGUCCUGAUCGUAUUGGACAAGAACGAACAUGGACUAAUACAACGGUCAUAUAAAUUAUCUGGAUCCGAGUUGACUGUUACUCUCACUAGCUCAAAGAAAGGAGUCCCGACAGCUCAGAUAGUCUAUAUAAAGGUGAAAUAGAUUAUAGUUCCCUCAACAAGACUUUUUUUAAAAAUUUGAUUGUAUGUGAGUUUUGUGAAAAAUAAAUUUUAAAUAAAA